GAGACUUCAGCACCAUGUCUUACCAACAGCAGCAGUGCAAGCAGCCAUGCCAGCCUCCUCCUGUGUGCUUACCCCCGAAAUGCCCAGAGCCUUGUCCUCCCCCAAGGUGUCCGGAGCCUUGUCCUCCCCCAAGGUGUCCGGAGCCUUGUCCUCCUCCAAAGUGUCCGGAGCCAUGUCCCCCUCAGCCAUGCCCUCCUGUGCAAUAUCCUCCACCAUGCCAGCAGAAGUGCCCACCCAAGAGCAAGUGAGGGCCUUGGCAGCCAC